AUGCACAACAACGACAACACUGUAUCUCUACCUAAUAUAUGCAAUGCGAUUCUACUUGAAUUGAGAUCAUCAGUCCCAGGGCUUGACGUGCAUUAUCCCGAACUAUCCUCGGCAACAACAACAGCAAUCAACGACAAUCCUAUCGCCAAACUUGAAUCUUUAUGCAAAAAGGGCGUUCCGCUGUGUCAAUUAUUCAAUGCCUUGUGUCCCCAAUCACCUAUUGAUUAUACCCAACGUGAUGGAUCUACCAAGAACCCACAAGCCUGCGUGGGCCAUUUUAUUGUGGCAUGUCAUGGAAGACUCGGCAUGGAUCAUAAGGAUUUGUUUACAGUCAAUGAUCUUUUCCAUAAAGAGGAGCAGGGCUUUCCCAAGGUCAUUCAAACACUACAACAUCUUUUGAAGAAAUUGAAUCAAGCCAAUGAACAGCAACAUGCCAAACCAAUGGAUAGCUCCAACACACGAGAAAGGGUGUUGACAGAAUUAAUAGACACAGAACGUCGCUAUGUACAAGAUCUCGAUGCAUUGGAGUAUUAUCGGAUGGAAGCACAAUCACAACAUGUAUUGCCUAUCCCACUACUCAGACGCAUUUUCGCCAACCUCGACAAUUUGCUAAAAUUUCAAAGACGACUACUUGCAUAUGCCGAGGAUAUCAUCAACACUUGUCCACCAGCUGAACAACGCUUUGGAAAACUGUUCAUCGACAUGGAAGAAGGAUUUUCGGUUUAUGAACCCUACUGCGCCAAUAUCCAACGAGCUCAAGAUACCAUUUUACAAGAAACGGGCAAGCUUCAAAAGUUAGCCUACAUCAUGAAUCCUCAUUUCGAGUUGCCAUCAAUGCUUAUCAAGCCUGUUCAACGUGUGUGCAAGUAUCCGCUUUUGCUCCAGGAGCUAAUCAAGGCAACACCGGAAGAGUGGGCAACGUAUGAUGAGCUCAAACAAGGAUUGGAAGCCAUUCAACGAGUCACCACAAAGAUCAACGAGACGAAACGUGGUCAGGAGAAUGCUACAGUGGUACAAAACAUCAUCAAUCGAGUCAAAGACAAGUGGAAGCGAGAGAUCCCCAGCUUUGGCUUGUUGCUCUUGCAUGAGAACUUCGAUUUGGAACGACACGGUGUUGAGAAUCAUGUUCAAUUGUACCUCUUUGAAAAGGCGUUAUUGAUUUGCGAGCACGUGCCUUUGAGGAAGUCGAGUAGCAUUUCGGUCAAAAAGAAGAAAUCAAAGGAUAUCAAUACCCAAGCACUCACGGUGCGUGGCCGUAUCCCUGUAUCUCAAAUGGUCCAGGUGGCUGAUACAAGCUUACUAGGGCAAUACAUGCUCAAGAUGUUUUGGUCUGAAAGGGAUCACAAGACAUCAAAUUACACCAUCACCUCCUGCACAAUCAAAUGCCGAAACAAAGAACAGCUCAAACAAUGGAAUGAAGCAUUCACCAAACGCAUUCAAUUUGAAAAGGCACGUGCACGAACGGGAUCAACUACAAAGAUAUCCACUAUGGUACCACGGCCUGCUGCACCAGCAUUACCUGUUGAAGACAACACGACAACACAAUGGGGUCCUCCUCCUUCACCAUCAAUACAUUCUCGUGGAUACAACAACAACAACAAUGAGCAACAACAUCACGAUGAUGACAACGAUACGACACGUUUGGUGGAUGAAGAAGAUGAUGCAGGAUACCCAAAAAGCCGACUAGCAGAAAAGGCCAUGCAAAAUGUCACCAGCACACCUGGAAUGGUAUUGCCACCUCUUCCCGGCAAAGAAGAUUAUUUCUCAUUUGCAUCAUCAUCGCCACAACCACCCCUCUUUUACCCUUCAUCGCCAUUAUCACCUUCUUAUCCGCCAACACCAUCUACCAUAUCCACACGUGCAUCCGUAUGUAGCAGCAUUGGCGGUGUCAGCUUUUCAUCAUGGUCGAUUCCACGUAAGCCAAGUGAUUCCUCAGGGCCACCUUUUACCGAUAACAGUAUUGCUGAAGCUGGCAUGGAUGAAGAAGAACUUCCAGAAGAGGACGAGGAGGAUGACUUUGGUAAUGCUGUUGGUGCACCAUUAAUGACUCGAACACGAUCCAAGAGUAGUCCCAACAUCAGCCAGUCUUGGUAUCAAGAUGCUCUUCAUCCUUUGGAUGUGGUAUCACAACAAGCCGCCUUUCUAAGCAGUAGCAGUACCAGCAGUGCGUCCUCAUUUGAACUCGUGGAUAAUAUCAAGAUCCGGCUUUACUACAAGAACGAGCUGUAUCUGGUUAUUGCACCCAUGAAUAUCCGCUACAAGGAGCUUCUUCAACGUGCCGAAGCCAAGAUGCGACAAUGCAGCGUUGGUCAUUCUGAAAAAUCCUUUCAAGGAAGGCCCAUGACACUUAAAUAUCGGGAUGAAGAUGGUGACAUGAUUACGAUUGGCUCGGAUGAUGAUAUACAAAUGGCUUUUGAGUGCCGUCAGGAAACCAAUGCUAUCAAUCUCUACAUUUACUAG